GAACUGGCAGGAAACGCCGCAAGGGACAACAAAAAAACUCGCAUCAUUCCACGUCAUCUUCAGCUAGCCAUACGAAACGACGAGGAGUUGAACAAGCUGCUGGCCGGAGUCACAAUCGCUCAGGGUGGCGUUCUCCCAAACAUCCAAGCCGUUCUUUUGCCCAAGAAAACUGCUAAA